AUGUCCGAUGACACCAUCCGACGCAUUUUCGGAAGUGGUCCGAUCCUGGAGAAGAUCCUGGAUGCAGUUCUCAAUUCCGAUUGUCCUUUCGCCCACAAGGACUUGAGGGUAAGUUUUUUUGUAUUUUGUACGAUUCUUUUCACAAACUCACUUUUUUCAGUUGGUCAACAACGCCUUCAACAUGGAGUACCUCAAGAUAAUACGCCUAGAACAUCGAGAAGUGGAAAUUUCGCCUCUGCCACGUGGCGAUGAAGACGACGGGUUUAUGGUGAACUGCAAGAAAGUGCUCAGUGAGGAGUGCGCCCAGUACUUUGAGUUCCUCAACGUCACCGCCAAAAUCAGCAUCGAGGCGCUGAUCUUCCACGACUUCGAUGCCGACGAUCACGAGACGGUCAUUCCGGGCGUCCACGAGGCGGUCAUGUACGAUUUGGUGACUCCGCACAGUUAGUUUUCUUGAUUGUUUGUGUAUGUGUAUUUGGAGGAAAAUGUGCAUUUUUCAGUUCGAAACAUAAAAGUGUUCCGCGGAGCCAGCGAUCUUUGUCCGAUUGGAUGCAGUGCGUGUUGGGAAGUGGCCAAGAAUGCGACGUGUUACGGACCGAUGCAGAUGAGAAUGAACUUCGCAGUGAAGAAGCACUUCAGGUACCUGUCGGUCAGUGAAAUGUAAGUUAUUUUGUUGCGGAACUUCCAAAAUUCAUUUAUCUCUCUUCCUUGCAGAUUCAUAAACGAAGUGGCACACCGAUGCGCAUUCCGACCCGCCGUUGACCACCAGAACAUCAUCGAGGAGUUCAUCAAUCCGAGCAUCAGCUGCGAUCAUCUGAAGGUGAUUCUUUCGGAUCAUGACGCGGCGAGCGACGAGCCGCCCGUUCUGCCGCUGGAAGUGUUCCAGCUGAUUCUGAAGACGUGGAGAGUGAAGAAGGUGAGUGUUGACGUUCUAACCGGUUAUUCAGAGAACACGGACGAAGGAUGGGCGACGAGAAAGAUCUUCACCGCGUUCAAAUGCACUCAACCGAUUGGGACCAUCGAGCGAUCGGGACAUGUGCUCGAAAGUUUGCACGUCUAUUUGCUCGAAGCCGACGCGUUCGGCGCACACUUCUUCGGCGAGGAAACGAUGGGAUUCGAGAACUGCCUCUCCAACCUAAAAAGACUGUUCCCGGCCCGGGUGAUGACGGUUUGUCUGCCGGACUCCAAAGUGGAUUCCGUCUACGAAAUAGAGCCGUCAUUCGUGCGCCGACUGCAGUGGUUCACGUGGAACAACGAUCUCAGCUUCCGACACGUCAGAGUCUAUUCCGUCUCUUUGCGCGAACUAUCAUUGGUCAUUCGAGUCUCGAGGUACAUCUUGUCCAACUCAACUCCAAAAUCAUUUGCAUUCUUGCAGACGUCUCAAGACUACAACAAUCGUCCGAUCCGAGCCUCCCGUGUGUCGCCGACGUCUCCGAUUCAGCGGAAGUUUCAACAGUGGCGUCUCGAGCUCAAAUCCGCAAGGGUCCGGCAGUCUCAACGCACCACCUACAGCUAUGUCGACUAUUUGAACAAGGCGACGAUAUAUCUGGAAGUGGUGGAGUCGCACAAAGUGGAAAACACUUGAAAUUAUAAUCGAUACUCGAUUCACAUUCAAUUUUUUUGCACACUUUCAGAUUUAAAAUCCAAAAACUGUAUUGCCUCUCAGAGUCUAUUGAAUCACUUCUAUUGAAUCUUCUUGUUCCAUUCUUUCUAAUAAACGUGAUAUUAUCCACUUGUCUUGCUGAUGCCAUCUGCUAGCGGUCAAAAAUUGUCGAAAAUGUAUCAAAAAUGUAUUAUAAGUCACAGCGAUUUGCGAUCUUUAAAGUUUUCCUAGUUUUAAUGGUCAGUUUCCCUCAACACUUAUCUCAGGGAAUUGAAGUGAGGAAACAGCGGCGGAAGAGGCGUUUUUAGGAAACCGUGGCGGAACGCUGUUUCGCCAAACUCAAAUCGUGGCGAGACCAAGCGGCAGCUUUGGCGAAACGGUGGCGGAACGCCGUUGCAACGGAAAACGACGCAGUGUUCUGAGGAAACGGCGGCGAUAGAAACAGGGAGGCAACCGCGGAAUGCCGGACGGUCGUUUUUUCUCUCGCGCGGCAUUUCUCUUUUCUCUUUCUCGUGCGAAAUCGUUCCGAGAGUUGAAAGUUUCACUAUUUCUUUAAUCCAUCACAUAAUUUCCACGAAAAAAAUUAGGCGCGCAGUGCUGCCGCGGUUUGCCGCGCUUUCAUUCGUCGGCAAGCUCGAAUUUUGCAGAAAAUCAAUUUGAAACAUUCGAUUUUCAGUGACCCUCAGUGAAGUCUCGGUGAGCUACGGCAAAGAGUCGCCACCGCCGCCGCCACCGAAUCAAUUUCAGUUUUACGGACCGAGAAUGUGGCAGGGACAAGAAGAGAUGUACGGCCACGGUAAGACGAAAGUAAAAAUGAAAGAGGCAAUAUCAUCGUGUUUACAGCAGAGAAUCCAAAUUGGUCGACAGGACAACCUCCAAAUAGCAACACGACGGCCCAUCAGUUCAGAACACCGGUUUCGCGCUCGAUUUUGAAGCGUGUACGAGUGCCACCACUGCAGGCGGGAAGUAGUGGAUUUGCGGGACCGUCUCGCACGAUCCCUCCUCUCAACGGCCCUGCGUAUCCGCCGACGGGAUCGGGCAUCGCAAUUCGAUCAGGUAUGACACGAAUGAGAUCGAAAUAAUGUACUGUUGCAGAAGUACUGCUUCUUUCGAACGCUGAGGCAAACUACUUCGAGUCGAUCGACGUGUCAAAACCGCUCCUCGGUGACAAAAGAAGAUUGAGUCGAUAUCAUCAUCAAUUGUUGUUGCAGAAUACCUUCACAAGAGCUGUGAGCAGAACGAAUUGGACAUAGGCAAACUUGGACUGGCUCUUUUGAAAUACGAAAAGUCUAACAGGCUAGACAAGAACACAUAUGAGGUCUACAUAUGAGGACUAGACAGCCAACUUUUAUCCAAAAUAAAUGUUUAGGAGAACGUAGGAGUCUUCAGCAACUUCUCGUUCAAAGUUGGGAUGACUGUGAGCGUGUUGGGGGAACUCUGCCCGAAGGUGUUUCAACUGGCUCAGACCUUUUUGGUAAGCGGAAAUAUGCAACGGUGUGGUCUGGAAGAGUAUUUAGUUCAACAUCAACUGGAAACGAUCGGAGUGCAAGAAGGAGUCGAUGGACAACAAAUCGCUGCAGUUCAAGCCUAAAUUUGUGUAUUGCACGGAAGUUGCAAAGAAUUCUGUUAGUCGCUGA